AUGUCUUCGACGUUGAUGUUAGAUGCUCUCUGUGUUGCUGUUCGGUCCCAAGUUCAUCUAUUGGGGCCACUUGCAUUGCUCAAGCGUGGACUUCCUCCUAUCAACAUCAUAGGGUAUGGGACAUUGGACGCUCAGCUGCAUAAUGAUACCCUGAAGGACGAAGGCCUAACGACAAGUCACAAAGGAUACAUUGACCGCCCGACACUACACGAUGGUCUAUCUGAUCGUGGACACCAUACGCUCCAGAAUCACCUCAGCGAUACCCAGAAUGUUCAGAGGUUCUUUAUUGAGAUCUUGGAUGACCUGGACUCAGACUUGGAUGUUUCUUUGGGGAGGGGAGGGACAUUGCUUAACACCCAAUUCGCGUCGGCUCAGCAUGGAAUUCUCGUUGGGUCUAAGACUCACCCGGAUCCUCACGUGGAUCGUAGUGCUCAGUCUCUAAGGGAACCUUGGGAACCUGGAUUUCAACAAGUGACUGCACAUUCGGUUCCCGGUCUCCGAUCUUGCAUGGAACUGGGUUUUUAUCGCCUUCGCCUAUUUGGGAAUUGGACUACGAGCUCUGAAGGCGACGAUGAUGACGGUUAUGAUGACCACGACUACGUCGACGACGUCAAGGUCCGAUAUAUCGCUUCCUCCAACGGCGCCUCUCACGACCUUCGAAAACCCCGUGUUGGACCUUUGAGCCUGAGGAUUUGUAUCGCCAUUGGCAAGGACCAUCUGACGUCAAAGUGUGGAUUUGGGAGCGCAAUGGCAGCAGCGAGACAGGUGGUGCCAGGCGUCCGAUCCAAGCGCGGGAUUCGCACCGUCACCUGCCAGAGCAUCAGUUCUAACGUACCAAGUAUAAUUCACUCCAUUCAACCUCAGUCUGAGAAUGUCGACUGUAACGACUCGCAAGUCGAGACUCGAGCCUGGCCAUGGGGCUGGCAGCCCUGGCUCGCACUCUCCGAAGUUGGUACUACCUACGGUGUCUCCGUUUGUCUCUACUGUGUCACAUUUCCUUCAACAUGGGUUCGCCGUUCGUUUUUACGCAUUCUGGGUCCCCAUUUGCUGUCACAGGCAUGGGCCUUCCAUUCGCUCGAGCUCCAAUUGGAUACUGCCAUGCGCCUCUACGUUGUCUUCCCUCCCAAGAGGAUCUACAGGUUCUGUGAUCCCAUUCCAAUCCCGCAGGGUGUAGGCGGUCCAAGCCAACAACACGCAUGUCCCCUUCCUCUCCCGCCGCAUGACGGACAAUACCUUCUUUUAGCCCCCCCACCUCUUUCCGUGGGCCACGGCUUGGUGUUGGAGUUGAGGCGUUGGUUGAAAAUCAAUAUGAUGUCUCGAGGGAGUGUCAGGACCGGCACCAAGAAGAGGGGGAGCAUCAUCACCAGACUCAGACAUAUUACCAGAACUAGAAACAGAAACGGAAAGAAGGUAAGAUCAUCCGAAGGUGGCGACGAGGAACCGAGCAUGGCUGACCCCCUCCUCCUCCUCUCCCACCACUCUCCUGCUGUACACCGUAUCCCGACAAUGGGAGCAGAUGCGUUGGAGCUAGGGUCUGGAGAUGCUUCAGCUCUGGAUUUGGGCCCACACACAACAGAACACGCCCUCCUUGCAACGCUCACAACCCGCCAAGAAGCCCUAGACCAACGGGUGGAGGAGAGGGUUGGGGAGGUGCAGAGGGCUGUUGGGUAUCCUGAGGAUGCGGUUGGGCGACGUGAGGAAGCGGUUGAGAGGAGGGAGAAGGCUGUUUGGCGGAGGGAGGAGGCUUUUGUGCUGAGAGAGCGGGAGGUGAAAGAGAGGGAGGAUAAGGUCGUGGAAUUAGAGCAAGCAAUUGAUGAGCGAGGACGGGCGUUUGAUCAGAGAGGAUCUGAGCUCGAAGAACGUUCUAGGCAGGUUGAAAAGGAAAUUGCUCGACUUGGAGGUGUCAACGCGUCCACUUCGGCAGUUGGUUCAAGUUCAUGGCCCACAACUCUUCUUCGGUCUGUGGUCUUUCGGGUAUUGGGAGACAAGACGUCCUCCUGCCUCUUUUCCUCCUCCAACCCAAGUUCUUUCUCCUCCAUCCCCACCAUCCCCCAAAAAGACCCCGACGCGACUGGGAAGCGCGACGCGAUCUGUACCUCUCGACAGGUGGACAGGGGAGUUAGCUCGUGCCCGUGGGCGUUGCUGUGCUUGUGA